CAUGACCUUGUAUCCAAGAGCAUCCCGAAGUCAGGUCAAAUCACGCAGUAAUUAUCGCGAUUUAAUAAUAGAAAUAAUUGGAAUUAAGUGAGUAGUGGCAGAUGGCACCGAGAGUGUUAAUAGCUCCAAUUACGAAUAAUAUUGCAACAAUAAUUGCUUGUUUACAUGGGAAAUGGUAAUGUUGGUGGAGUGAUUCAUCAUCACAUAAUGGGAUUAAUCUCUAGAUGAUUAAAGGAAAAAGAAAAUAAAUUUCGUCUGAUUUCUCUAAAAAAUCCUGAGGGCUGAAUAAAUGACUAAGUAAUUGUCACCAUCGAGGAAUUGAAUGCAGGGACCAUUGAAUUGAUAAUUUCUGGUGAUGUCCACCAGUUUUUCAUGAUGAAAUCACAUAAAAUUUACGGUAUGUGGAGGCGGGAAGCCGGUAAAUAGUGAUUUUCAUUACAAAAACCUGUAGACUCCAUAUUUACGUGGUGGUGGGUCACGUGGAUCAUCCGUUGCCCAAUGACAAUCUCUCCCCCGUGUUUUCCUCUUGUCUGGCACUCACCAGAGUUGUUUACAUGUUGGAUGCUGUCAACAGCCACACGAAUUAAAUAGAUUCUAUCAAUUGUGGUGAUCCUCGUGGAGAAAUUUCCACUGCUGGGUCAUGAGCUCAACAAUUGUGGAGGAUGUGCCGGUAAUUUAUUUUACUGAGCUGUGAUCAAGUAGAAUGAUGGAGACUCAAAAAGAGGAUGACAAUCAGGUAUCUAUAUCCUUGAAGAAGGAGGAACUCCCAUCGUCAAGCGAAAAACCAACGGAUUCUAAGAAUCAAACGAAAAUCGUCAGGGGGACGAAGAAAAUGAGGAUCGACUCCACAGACUCUACCCAACCUACUGAGAAAAAAGAAAUCAAAGAGGAGGACGGAGACGCGAAAAUUGUGCGUUCCUUAAAACGCUCCUGCGAGUUAUGGUCCCUAGAAGACAAGAACACCUUCUUCAAGGCAGUAAACGAAUUUGGCAAGGACUUCGACGCCCUCCAGACGUAUUUUCUCGCUCAGGGUAAAAAGAAAGGCCUCCCAGAAACGAUGACGAAGAACAAGGAGCAAAUUCGCCACUUUUAUUACCGCACCUGGUUGAAAAUCUCGAAGCACCUCAAGUUCUCUGAAGAGGUGAAGAAAGCAUCACAAGAGAUAUAUGGCCUGAUAAAUUACGGUGAACUCCGGAGGAAAUUGCCACGAAUUCACGAAAAGGUUCUGCUGAAACUCAACGAGUUGAUAUUCUGGGGCUCGACACAGGUUCGCCUCCGAGGAAAAACGAUGAGAAUCAAGACCCCUAUCUGCAGGGCCCUGAGAAAACUCAAUCAACUGGAGGAUUGGCAGGAAGAGAUAAAGCUGCCAUCCAGAGUAACUGUGGAGCUUCGUCCUGGAAAUAACUCUACUUGGUGGGAGGUACAGGCACACGCCAUGAAUCCUCGAGUGAGAACACUAUUGCCAAUUCAACGAAGAUUGUCAACUCUCCUGGGUUUUCUCCAGCAACGCUGGAGGCCAGCCAAGUACAUAGUAUCCCCGAGCCUAGAGAACGAGGUCGUGGACUCGAGGGAGCCAAAACUACUGAGGGUUGCUCCUCAGGAGAGCACUAAAAUCACUCUGCCAAUGGUGAACCUGGGAGAGUACCUCACCAGCAAUUCUGUCAGCUUCAACUCUUAUGAGGGACGUCUGGGGCUUAAAUCCUCGAGAUUAGAGCUUCUCGGAUCGGUACAGCAUCUCAAAGGUGUCGGCAAAAAGUCCCUGAAGAAAAAGGACAAAAGACUCUCCAGAACGGAGGACCCAAUGUCCUCAGUUGAUAACAAUAGUGAUCUUGAUGGAAUUGAAAGCAAUGUACAUCAGGAGAAGAGCCUCUUCGCAUCUCAUGUUGUCAGAAAUUAUGGUGAGGCGACAGAGCCCAACAGGUUUCCAGGGCGGGAGACUGUGGAGAGGAUUCGAGAGGGAUGGACUAUUGAUGAAGCGAAUAGCAUUACUGUUGGGGAUUUGUUCUUGAUGUUUGGGAGGGACAGCAAGAUCACUCUGGAGUACUGGUGGGACUGCCCUGGGUCCUCAGAGGGCGCCAGAGACCGAGCCAAGCAAGACGAUGGACUCUCCCUCGCCCUGAGGAAGCUUUUGUCUAUUGCUAAACACAAUUAUGGCACCAGUAAGGUCUAUGAGAAUGCUGGAAGCAAUGAGACUGUGAUAUCCUCGAGAAUGCCAUCUGCCAAGGAUUCAACCUUCAGACGACCUCUCAUCCCUCAGCCCUAUCAUCGGAUUGGAAGUCAUGAUGCCUUUAAGACGCAAUUGGAUAAAUUCACGAGCCGGUUCAGCAAACGAGGGAGGACUGUCAGACAGAGGAGUCUGAUUGUCCAGAGGACUCUUCCUGUUGUUGUCAGGCACGAAGAGGAGGUGAUGGAGAUCGAUGGGGAGGGCAAUGUCCCUGAGGUCUCUCAACAGGCUGAACAAUUCCUAUCUGCACUUGGAGAAACUUCCAAAGCAAACUCCAUCAUCACUAGUGCCACACAGAUCCUCAAAGAGGGCGAGGGACAGUGGCUGAAUAGUGAGGUCGCUGAUUACUCGUUAAGCAGCUUUUUGGGGCAAUUCGAAUCACCUGUCAAAGGAUCUCAGAGGAGCCAGGCUAGCAUGGGUCUUGGGGAUGGACGUCCUUCGUCUGAUGUUGUCAGUCAAAUGCAAUGUCUGAUGGGUGAGAGCAGUGUCGAUUACAUGGCGAAAUUCGCCAACUUGGCCUCGCAAAUAGCCUCAGACGAUCAGGAGACGUGAGCCCCAUGCCAAAACCCCACCGAAAUGUUUCAUUUUUGCGAGGAAAUCCAAGCAAACAGAGUCAUCAAGUCUUAUCCUUGAGCGACGUUUUUCAAUUUUAUAUAAAACUCGAUUGUGACAACCCAUUGUAAUAUAUCUCAUGUAAUAAAGUGUAAUUAUGACCAUCAA